GGUACACAUGUUGGACAACCGCGUUGCGUAGACGUAGAGCCCUUCCAACACGAAUACAAUAUAUACAUAGACUGGUAUAAUCAUCAGACAUAAAGCAUAUUCAAUAUAUAUUCCUCUGUGUUCCUCCUUUAUACAUAAUCCAAGGCUCUGUUUGGUGCUCAAGACUUGCAAGUUUCAACCUUUUGUUGCCUUGUUCUCUUGUCCUUUGCUUCUCAACCACCCAAACCAACACAAACGUCCACCUAUUAGAAAACCAAGAAACACCCAGAAUCCAAAGGAACACCCAGUAACCCAGAGCUCCCGGAUCUGUUUCAUAAGCAAUCAAUCAUGGCGGCCCCUCAGGUUCUUCAGCGAGAAGAUGACCUUCUCCGUUCAUCCCCUCUCUUUGACCCCCGAAAAGGGGCAGGAGAUAGUGCAAAGUCCCAUGGGAUGUCAAUUGAGAAGAAGAUCGAGUUUCUCGAGAGCUUGACUGGAACGGUUCGCAACCGACGGUCUCGCAGAUGGUUAAAUGAUCGUCUUCUUAUGGAGCUUGUUCCUCGUUUAAAUGCAGAAGAAAUUAAAGGCUUGUUUGCACCCCCACCUUGGGGUGAUGACGUACCGCUGUCACCAUUUUGCAUGACUAAUAAUGGAGAGUGGGACAAAUUUAGGAAUAUAGACAUGGAUAAAGAGGCUAAUAUUAUUGACGCCUCAAAAGCAUCAGCCUCAAAAAGGACUGGUCGUGUUGAUGCUGAUAAGAUGGCUGUCUUGAAUGCAUGGCACAGAGUUAAUUGUCGAACAAGGGAGGCACUUCGCCGUAGCUUUCUUUUGGAACUUAUUGAGGGCUAUGAGGAGUGCAUACGAGCCUUCAUCACAGACAGUGGAGACGGGGAUGUUCUUGUGCUUCGCGUUCAUGACCCUUUUCAUAGAUUGUUGCUACAUGGAGUCUGUGAGUUCUACAACUUGGUCUCGGUGACGGUUACAGAGUCGAAGGAUGCAAAGGCGGCGAAGAUGACUAGGAUAACGAAGAAGAAGAAGGGAGCUGCUGAGCUCCCAAAUAUCACCAUGACACAUUUUCUGAGGAUGUCCAAGGAAGGAGUUUGGUGAUUCCAUUGGGCGGGGCAGCUCAGAUUCAUGUCAAUAUAAUAAAAGCGUGCAUGGUUUAGCUUUGUGUACGUGAAUGUAUCAUAUUCAAGCCCCUAAUUAUCUGCAAAAGUAGUUAAUUUACAUGUAGAUUUGAAAAAGCUAGUGUGUGAAUGUUUGUUUCAUUUCCAUCAAUCAACAAAAUAAGUUGAUUAUUGUAGCUAGGUGUUUAGGGAUCAAUAAGGACAAAUUUACUUUUCAAUGUUAUUUUUUUUU